AUGCCAUCCAUCGCCCUGCGACAGAGCAGGCGAUGUAGACUGACAGAUCCGCGCCCUUACCUGGCGAAUAUUCCCCGUACCUCCUAUACGAACGUUCAAUUUCGCGCUGGUACAAACGCUUCAUGGCGUCCCGUUUCAAUUCUUGACGAGUAUGGAAUUUUCUUUUAUGAUUCCUGGUUGCAAAAGCUAACUCAUGAUGCCUUCAGCUGGGUCGCGAAAGAAGCUCGUCCUAUCAGUCUCCGCCAGCUUAUGGUUUUUGGCCGCUCUCUUACAGAAUCUCGUCUGAUAAGCUCGGCUAACUAUGUUCGCACCGAAUUGCCUACACGAAUUGCGCACCGGAUCCGAGAUAUGCAACGUUUACCCUACGUUGUUACCAUGAACCCACAUAUCAAAGAGGUUUACGACCUUUACUACCACGCCUUCGAUACAUUUCGCAAAGUGAAAGAGGUUAAAACACUGGAGGACAACGACAAGCUGUGCGAACUCAUCAGCCAUAAUCUAAAGGGCCACUUGACUGUGAUACCGAAGCUUGCUAUGGGAAUCCUAGAAUGCGGUGGUCUCAUGAGUCCUCAAGAUCUGGAUAACUUCAUGAACACCAUUCUUAGAUCGCGAAUUUCUAGACGUGUCAUCGCUGAGCAGCAUCUUUCACUAACAGAAACCUACAACUCCCCUAACUUCUCUCCCGGAGCCAAACUUUCCGAAUCCGACUUCAUCGGCGAAGUGUUUAUCAAAUGCUUUGCUAAGGAUGUCGUCGAGCGCUGUUCUAAAGCCAUCACCAUUCUUGCCCGUACGACAAAUGGUCCUGACGUUCAAAUACCCGAAAUCACAGUUGAUGGCCAUCUCGAUGCCUCUUUUCCUUACAUUCUAAGUCAUCUCGAGUACAUCAUUGGCGAGCUCCUUCGCAACUCUGUCCAGGCCGUCAUUGAUCGACAUCAAAGGAUCCAUUCGGACCCUGACAGUGUGAAGCCCCCUCCUGUGGAGAUAACCAUCUGCGAGAACCAGCAACAUGUUAUCAUCCGCAUCUGCGAUCGUGGUGGUGGUAUCCCUCGUGCUGAACUGCCACAUCUCUGGUCUUUCAGUAAGGGUCCGCAAAGUCAAAGACGUCUCGAGAAUCUUGCACAGGUCCCAAAGAUGGCAGCAACGAUGCAGGAGCUUCACGUAGAGGAGGAACUGGGACGUGCAGAUUUGAAAGCACCGCCUUAUCAAAGUUCGUUAUCGUCUCUCACCAGUCGGCCGCCUAACCUGCGUCUCGGCAUGGGCUUACCUCUGAGCCGUGUCUAUGCUGAGUAUUGGGCUGGAAAUCUUGACUUGCAUAGCCUCGAGGGCUACGGAACGGAUGUCUUCCUGCAGAUUUCGCGACUUGGAAAUAAAAACGAGCAACUGACAACACGAGCGAGCAUGGACGCCUUAUAG